AUGAUUCUCUCCUCCCAGAAGUUACCCGAGCUCUGGGACUACUUUCUGAUUUACAUCUCGGGAGCCCUAGAGUUUAAUCCUGACAGCAAAGACAUAGACCUGGGACUGUUUCCUCUCAGGAUGAACCCCACCAUUAAGACCAGAAGCUCCCCGGGUAUAGACACACCACCAUGUGGCUGCUCGCGGAAGGUUGAAGGCUGGGGAAGAAGCUCCACCGACCGACCGACCGACCGUCCUACCGGAGACCUGGCUCCAAAUGUCAAGAUGCCAACCUUCUCAGUCAUGUACAAAGGAGCCGUGAUCAUCAGCAGGACACUAAUGGGUCCAUACGGAGUAGACAGAGCUGUUCAUUCCAUGGAGUUUACCGAUUGUGAGAACGGCCUGGGGAUCAAAGUGAUUGGUGGAGUGAAGGAGCUAACUGGAGAGGAGUUUGGAGUCUACGUCAAACGGAUCUUACCAGGUGGCCUUGCAUCAAGUGACGGAAACCUGAUGCCAGGGGACCAGAUCUUGGAGGUGAACGGGGACAGUCUAGUAGGAGUCACAAGUGAAAGAGCUGUGGACAUCUUGAGAGCAGCCUCUGCAACCAAUCUCAUGCGUCUUCUCAUAGCCAGAGAUGAGGAAGCAAAGAGAGAAUUUGCUGAGUUGCUGGAGAAGUAUGGAUCUAAUGGUAGCACAGGAUCAACACGCAACUCUCCCAUACAGCAAGGAGGCCGCUACCUGGAUAGUACAUCCUCUGGUUCCUCGUCUCGCUCCCAGAGUCCUCUGUUGUUGAGCCCAGCAGGCUCUCAGAACAUGUACAACAACAGUGGGCCCAUGCUGCGCUCCCUCAGUCAUCCAGGUGAAGGAGUGAUUCAGCUCAUUUCAGUGGCGCGAUCCGGCAGUUUGGGCAUCACCAUCGGAGGAGGCUCCAACAGGCCCGACGGACCCGCUGUCUUCAUUCAGGAGGUGCUGUCUGGAGGAGACUGUCACCGGGAUGGACGUUUGAGGCCUGGAGAUCAGCUCAUUGCUGUUAACAAGGAGUCCUUGAUAGGUGUGACCCAUGAAGAGGCCAAAAGCAUGAUGAACAAAGUCAAAUUCAGCCAAGAGGGUGCUGUGGAAAUAGCCUUCAUACCAGGGAAAGGACUUUUUCCCAGCAGCACAUCUCUCCACAAUGGGGUCCAGCGAGCCGCAGGCAACAGCUACAACUCUGGACGCUUAAAAGUCCACAUCAGAUCACCAGAGGCCUGUGCAGAGGAGCCAGCAUCAGUGUCCUCACCUUCUCCUGACAUCUGCCCACCAGAUAUUCAUAUUUCAGGUUCAACCAGCCAGAGGUCACCAACGGGAGCCAAACCUAAGAUAACACUGGACCCCUACAUACGACUCAAAUCAGACAAGUUAGACGUG